GUGCAACUUUCACUCUUUCCUCUUCCAAACUUGAUCACACCAUACAAUGGGCGUCCUGACCUCCUUCGAACCUACUCUUUCUAACCUGCAGUCACCUGAAUUCAUCGAGUUUCUCUGGAAUAAGAUCAACACGCCGCCAUGCCUUCACGCCAUCUUGGCAAUGAUCUUGCAUGUUGCGAAUUACAAUAUCACUGCGCGCUAUGAAUACAACACCCAUCAGUUCACUAAGAUUAUUGGAAAUAAUGCCAUUUACUUUUAUGCUGUUUACUUGGUUUUGAGCGCCUUGAUUCGUGAUCAUUUCAUCCAUCUGGCUGUUGCCCAAGAUGUCGGAUCGUUCGUAAUUUUCCCUGCUGCUGUUGCCACUUCUGUGGGGACAGUCUGUUUCGUUCUUGGUGUUCUACUUAACCUAUGGACUUUAAAUGCGCUGGGUAUCAAGGGCAUGUAUAAUGGCGACAGCUUCGGUUUUCGUUUUGAUGCACCAGUUGAGGGUGGUCCUUACAGGUUUAUGAGCGACCCUCAAUAUGUGGGAACAUCGUUAUCACUUUUUGGGACUGCUAUCUAUUACCAAUCCAUUAUUGGAUACAUUCUUGCUGUGGAUAUGUACAGCAUCUUUUGGUUUUCAGUUUUGUUUUUUGAGGAUCCCCAUAUGAAACGCAUCUAUUCAAAGAAAUUAGAAUAAAAUACGCUCGUCUUGAGUGCACAAACGCGCUCUCUCGAGAAAAUAUUUAUGUUGCACAUUCUUUAACUCUUAUAUCACCAACUCUUUUAGUUCGCUUCCACAUCUGGAUCAUUUAGAUAUCUAAAGUCAAUAGGAAAGUUUAUAUACAACAUAAACAUUCUGUAAUUAAGCUUUGUGGAGAGAAGAUGCACGGCGCUUCUUAAUUUCCUGACGCUUCUCAGCGGCCUCCUUGACGCGUUUGGCGAGAAGAGCCUUGUACUCGGCUUCAGCCUCCUUGGCGUUCUCAGCGCGACGCUUCUUGAGAGCCAAGCGAUGACGCUUACGCUGAAGAACUAUGGGGGUAACAAGACGCUGAAUCUUAGGGGCCUUAGUGUAAGGUUUCUUUUCAGGGUUCU